UACGAAAAUAAAACCCGGCUCCUUCCGAAGAGAGUGAAGACCCUGUUCGUUACGACGAUGACGACCUUGACAACUACUAGAAGAGUACACGCAACGUCAUUUUCCUUCUUGUCCACAGUGACGAGGUGCAGGCACGACGUGUUCUUGAGCUUCAGAGGCGAGGAUACCCGGUACAACAUCACGAGGCAGCUGCACCGCGCCUUGGUGGACGCCGGCAUCCCUACUUUCAAAGACGAUGUCAAUCUCCACAAAGGGGGCGAGAUCGCGUCGGAGCUGCUCAAGGCCAUCCAGACGUCCAGGAUCGCCAUCAUCGUGUUCUCCAAAAACUAUGCAAGCUCUGGAUGGUGCCUGGAUGAGCUUGUCAAGAUCGUCGAGUGCAAGAAUGAAGGCGGCCAGGUGGUUUUGCCGAUAUUCUACGACGUUGAUCCUUCCGACGUGCGACAACAGACGGGCAGUUUUGCAGACGCGUUUAGGAUGCAUCAAGAGAGCGGCCGCGGGACCGCCCAAGACAAGAUGGACGCCUGGAAGGCAGCUUUGACGGACGCAGCCAGUCAGCCUGAUGGAUGGGAUAUGCAUGAUGGUGCUGCCGCCACUGCUACUGCCAGUAAUUGGCUUCAAUCAAAAUUCAUAAAGGAAAUUGUACAACAUGUUUCGACUAGAUAUCAAGAUGCACACAUGACUGUUUCCAUUUUCCCACCCACAAUGGAUGCUGGUAAAGAGUACAUAAAUCUCUUGUCAAGUGGAAUAUCAGAUGACAUUCUAGUCAUAGGCAUCUGUGGAGGAAUGGACAAAACUGCCAUUGCAAGAGAUUUGUAUAACCGGAAUUUUCAUAGCUUUGAAGCCAGCAGUUUUCUUGAAGAUGUAAGCGUUAUUGCACAACAACCAAAUGGACUAGUUGCGUUACAAAAGCAGUUCCUUUCGGAUAUCCUCCCAACAGUUGACGACAAUUUAGAAAUAGAAAUAAUAGACGAUGUUAAAAGAGGAACUGACUUGAUUAAAGAUGUGGUGGGCAAAAAAAAGGUACUUGUAAUUCUGGAUAAUGUGACUGAACUAGACCAAAUAAAUGCACUUGCUAGGAGCCGCGAUUGGUUCGGUUCAGGAAGUAGAAUCAUCAUAACUUCUAAUACUAGAGAUGCAGAGUUGCUAAAUGUACUUGAAGUCGAUGAUAUAUAUGGACCUCAAGGCAUAGAGGUCAUUGAGGAUAAGUAUAUGCAGAACCUUAAAAUGAUUGAAGACCUAAAGGAGUUUAUCGAGACGUCCCUCCAUGUGCAGUCUCUUGAAAAAAUGUGGUCCCUUAUCACUGAAAUAGAAGAAGAACGGAGGAAGAACAAUGCUCAGGAACAAAUUAUGGCAAGCUUACAGUUACAGCAAAAUGUGAAUCAAAUUAGUUUCCCCUUAAAUGCAUUAGAGUACUCAACAACAGAUGCGGUACUUCUAGAUGGAAAAGGGCCCAAAAAUAGUGAAGGUUACGAGGCCUUGCUAGAUUUUGUGCCUGAGAAUGAGAAGAUAAUCAUGGAUAGUGCUAUUGUUGGUGAUGAGCUAAUGGGAAAGAAGCAUGUUCUACGUCAUGAUGUUGGAUCCAAGAAUUUGGUUGAGGCAGUAAGCAGUACUGAAUCAGAACUUGGGCCUGAGAAUGAAAAGAAUUUGAUUGUUUUCUAAGUUGUAACAACAGUAACAGAUCAUUGAGAAGCACAACUUGAUCAGUGACCUACAAUUUGUAUACACCACAUAAUAAGAGAUAAUUGCUCAAUUUAUAUUGAGCAACUUCUUAGGAGUUUAUUAUGAUACGGUUCUGAAGAUUACUCUCA